CGGCGGUGUUUCUCCGGCAGCCUCACUAACCAGCCGCCUUGCUCGGACCGUCUCACGAUUUCCCACAGCCCGUGUGUGACUAGAUCAAGCAAAGAACGGGGCGGCCGGCCAUGAGGGCACUCGCCACAUCUAUUCUCCAAGCUGUUGCGAUCGCGGCCAUCCUGGGGCUUCUCCCGGGCGCCCUUGCGCAUGGCGACGACGACAUGGAAAUGGGCGAGGGCAGCGACAAGCCUCUAGCCGAUGAUCAGUAUCCGCCCAACUACUUCGGCCUGGCGGACCAUAGAGGCCUUAUAUAUGCCCACAUAGCUCUGAUGGUCCUGGCCUGGGUUUUCAUACUUCCCGUCGGUGUCAUGUUCUCGCUUGCGCGCUCGCGGCUGGCGCUGCUUGUCCAAUGUGUCUUCCUCGCAACCCAUGUGGGAGGCCUUCUCCUGGGGACUAUCUAUAACGCAAGCACGCCUGAUCUGUAUCCGAACAAUGCGCACCACAAGAUAGGUUGGAUUACCACCUGGACAGUGGGCGCCCAGGUUGUCAUCGGCCUCUUGGCACGUGUUGCGGGCGUCUUGAGACGCCGGUCUGCCAAUUCUAGCCGUGCCGACGAGCGCCAGUCCUUCAUUCCCGUCUCAACGGAAGCCAUAGCGGAGCACGAGUCUCACUUCCCCGAGAAUUACCGGUUUUCCAACGACAGCGGCCAAGGCACCGAGCUCGGCUCCGAAGCCAUCCGCGGUCAUUCGGUAUCGUCAGGCACCGAUUCCCCGGCCAUCCCUCUCCGAGACGUUGCCCUCCGAGACGCCAAUAAAGAUUUCAACGUUUUGGACGGCGAUGAAGACUCGGAGGAAGGCCUCACUAUGCUUCCCCGGCAUGGCGUCGUUCGUUCGAUGGUGCAGAAGGCUGCCGGCAUGGUUUCGUCCAGAUUUUGGAAAUUCCUCAUUUUUGCUUACAACUUCAUCGACCGUACCAUUCUAGUUUUUGGUUCCAUUGCCUUGGCUACUGGCUGGGUUACUUUCGGCAGAUUUUUCGAGGGCGAGCAAAUAUUCACCGGUCUGGCCCAUUGGAUUAAAGGCGGCGUCUUCUUUUGGCUAGGCAUUCUUACGCUUGCGCGCUGGGCGGGUAGCUUUGGCGAUCUUGGAUGGGCCUGGAAUGUUCGGCCGAAGCGUAAGGACGAUAAAUGGCGUCCAUCGGCAGAGUUCGUCGAGAGCGCGCUCAUCUUCUUUUACGGUUCUACCAACAUAUUCCUCGAGCAUUUGGGUGGCUGGGGAGGCGAAUGGGGCCCGCAGGACUUGGAGCACAUCUCGAUUACCGUCCUUUUCAUCGGCGGGGGGCUAUGCGGCAUGCUCAUCGAGUCCACUCGUAUUCGAGAAGUUCUGAACACCUCUGUUACAGAUGCUUCCCAGGCCGUCCCCGCGCACGCCUACCGGGACGAGGAGCGUGAUGAGCUGCGCCAACCGGAGACCUACCUCUUUUCAAUGAACCCUAUACCCGCCCUAGUCAUCAUAUUGCUAGGUAUCAUGAUGAGCUCCCAUACCCAGGACAACAUGGUUUCAAGCAUGCUUCACAAGCAAUGGGGAAACCUUCUUACAGGCGGAUCGCUCGCACGAGCCUUCACUUAUGUUCUCACGUAUAUGAAGCCGCCAAAGUCGAUUUAUCCCUCUCGUCCCCCCACCGAGCUCCUGGCCUCUUUUGGCCUCAUGGCAGGUGGUAUAAUUUUCAUGGCUAGUAGCGGCGACACUGUGGAUGGCAUGGUUCAUUACCAUCUUGACGCCAUGUUUAUUUAUACCGUCACCAUGGGCUUCAUUGGUCUUUUGAUGGCUUGGGUCAUCAUCGUGGUUGCCCUCAAGGGUUGGGCGACCCGCCGAGAGGGCGCUCGCGGACCAAGUACAUAUACGCCACUAUAAGCACGCCCUUGCUUGGGAUUGAUACAAGAUCAGCCCAUGCUUGAUUGGCCGGGCGCAAACGUCAAACUUCUCCCACAGGAACCUCGGGAGCAUGGAGGGAAGAGAGCAUGAGACGGUUGCAUUUUGGAGCGCUUUCACUCGUUAUCAUCAUUUCGGACUGGCGAAAACUCAAUUGUUGGGAGGUUGAAGCACACAAGAGAAGGCAUGGAACAGGAAGGAAGGUGAAUGGACAAGGAGCUGGGUUGGAUACCCAGCUACCUAUGUGAUGGCGCUUCAGCAGCACCUUGGCUUUCGAGUCACAAAUAAUGAGCCGAAACGGCAGAUAGACAUUAAUGAUUAUUUUUUAUGGUAUUCCGUUCCUCGAGAUGGUA